AUGGCUGAGGCUGCUGUACAAGUGGGGGAGGAGCUGUGUCUGGAGCAGGAGCAAACGGUCCACCUGGAGAGAGUGAAGAAAGGCCUGGAGGCUCAGGUCAGAGACAUGAGCAGCAGGCUGGACCAAGCCGAGCAGAUGGCUCUGAAAGGAGGCAAGAAGAUCAUCCAGAAGUUAGAGGGAAAGGUGAAGGAGCUGGAGUUGGACUCGGACCAUAAGUGGCACAUUGAGACGGUGAAGACUCUGCAGAAUGAGCGCCAGCUGAAGGAGCUGCUGUUUGAGUCAGAGGAGGAGCAGAAGAACCAGCAGAGGAUGCAGGGUCUGGUGGAGAGGCUGCAGAACAAGAUGAGGAGGCAAUACGUCACGCAGAGCCCUUUUUUAUUUUAUCUUUUUAUUGCAAGACAGAACACUAAGAAGAAACAUCACACAGUCAGGAGGAACAAGCUACCAUGAACCUGGCCAAGUACAGGAAG